AUGUCAAAGAACAUCGUCGUGAUCGGAGCCGGAGUCGCCGGACUCACCACUGCCCUCCUCCUAUCCAGGAUCCCGGGAUACAAAAUAGUCGUGGCAGCCAAACACAUGGCCGGCGAUUAUGACAUUGAAUACGCAUCUCCUUGGGCGGGGGCAAACUACAUGCCUGUCUCCGUGCAUGAUACAGACGCAGCAGAAUGGGAUCGCAAGACGUGGGUGCCAUUAGAGGAUUUGGCGAGGAACCAUCCUGAAGCGGGUGUUCAUUUUCAGGAAUGUGAGAUACACAGUCGAUCGAAAGACGUCGGUUCAGCAACAGCGACUUGGUUUGCUGAGCUGCUUUCACCGAAUCCGUGGUUUAAAGAUGUCGUUCCGAAUUUCCGCUCUCUCCCAAAAAAUACCCUCAACCCCGGCAUCGACUCAGCCACCGUCUUCACAUCCGUCUGUAUAAACACAGCCAUCUACCUCCCCUGGCUCGUCUCGCAGUGUCUCAAAAACGGCGUCGUCUUCAAGCGCGCCGUAUUCAACCACAUCCUCGACGCUACCUCUGUCCUCCCUCAGGUCCAUCUCGUGGUAAACUGCACCGGACUGAUGGCAUCUACACUCGGAGGCGUGGAAGAUAAAUCCGUCAUUCCCGCCCGCGGCCAAAUCGUCAUUGUGCGUAAUGACGCGGGCAAAAUGCUCGACAUCUCCGGAACAGACGACGGCGAGGACGAAGCAUGCUACGUGAUGACCCGCGCGGCCGGCGGGGGAACCAUCCUGGGCGGAUCAUACCAGAAGGGGAAUUGGGAGUCGCAGCCUGAUCCGAAUCUCGCUGUGAGGAUUAUGAAGCGGGCUGUGGAAAUGUGUCCGUCAUUGACGGGUGGAAAGGGGAUUGAGCAUCUAGAUAUUAUCCGACAUGGGGUUGGGCUGAGACCGGUUCGAGAGGGAGGAACGAGGAUUGCAAAGGAGCGGAUGGGCGAUGUGUGGAUAGUGCAUAAUUACGGCGCUGGAGGGGCUGGAUAUCAGUCGUCGUACGGAUGUGCACAGGCCGCGGUGGAUUUAGUCCAGGAUGCGUUCAGCAGGGCGAAGCUGUAA